AUGCGAUGCGCGAGCAAGGCCGCCGAGAGCGCGUCUGCACGUCUCUGUGCGGACGCCGAAGCAGAAACUACAGCAACUGAUGUCCCAUCGGUUGCUGAAUCGACUCAGCCUGUAUCACCUGGUGAUGCAGGCGCUGGUCAUGAAGACACUCGUGUCUUCACAGAGUACGAGCUCGGUGUCUCGUACUCUCCUGAUACGGAUGACGGAUCCGUAUCGACGGCAAUUGAAUCCAAGCCGCCUGCCAAGCGUGGCAUGGACGAUGCUUUGCGUCGCAGCAUCUUUGGUUCAUCUGAUGAGUCAGAUGAACCAUCGCCGAAGCGAAGGCGCUCGAGGUCGCGAGACUCGGGCGCCAAUAGUGGUGUCGUUUCUCCAAUGGACACCACUUCACAGCGAGGUGCCAGUACUUCUGUCGGCACGUCGCAGGAAGAGCGGGACCGCAAUGUGUUGCGUCUCGCUCCAGAAAAGAAGGCAUGGAUGCCUCCUAAAUCUGUCAUGGAUCACUUGUCGGCGACGACGAGUGAUCGUUAUCGAACACGAUUGUUCGAUUCGUCAAGGAUUCAUCACCUUGACCCCAGCGCGAAAGACUAUCGCGCUGAACAUGAGUUCUUCAUCGAUGCUUUCUUCAGACAUCGAUGGUACAGUGGGAAUCACAAACGUGAUGGUCCCUCACUACUUCAGGCGUGGAACGCCUACAUCCAUAAUCUCGAGGAUGUAGGUCGUGACGCUUGGAACGACAAACUUAUCAAAGCUCGUGAUAAGUUUGAGAAGAGAACCCCGACAGGUGCACGCUACAAUCUGCAUCGUCUGUCUAAGGAGGACCCAGUACGUCAAUCAUCAGUUGGGAGCGGGGCUCCCAAGUAUCCCAGGACGGGGGAUAACCACGCCACCGGACGAGGUAACUCGUCUGACGUCCGUUCACGUCGCGGUGGUUCAACAGCUGCUCAACCAGAUAUUUCUGGCCACCGCGAGAGUCCUCCAAUCUUCUUUGAUCGCGUAACCCAAGCGUUAAGCAGCGAUCUCGAACAUGAGCGGGACACGCGUCUCCAACUGGCGGUCACUGUCUUGAGGCAUCGAGAUGAGUUUGCUUUUGCUCAGCUUGAGAACGAGAGAGCUCUGACGUCUCUGCGUGACGAGCUAAGGGUAGCUCGUCGGAAUGUUGAUCAGUCUCGGGAUGAGAUAACUGCUCCUCAGACCCUUGUCGACGUCCACCAUCGGGAACACAAGGCUCUCUGCGAGAUGCUUGAGCGCAAGGGCGUUCUUCAUCGGAAGAAGCAGCGUACUGAUGGUACGGCUUAA